GAUCUCGCGACGUUUUUGAGGCACCGUCGUCGGUGUAAACACGGUGGCCUGGUUGUAAUGCGGAGGGAGUUCGGCGUAUAUUAUUUUCGUUUACGGGACAUGGUGUUAAAUUAAACGGGGCGAUGGAUAAAAGGAAGAAGGUGCUGGAUGUGACGGCGGCCUCGUUGGUAGACCUCAAGGCUGAGCUUUUUAGAAAACAAGAAGAAUUCAAGCAAGAGAAAAUUUCCAAAGAUGCUGGGGGCCUCCCAAAACCUAGAGCAGCUCCCAAGAAACCUAAUAUUUGGAGCAAGCAAAACGCAGGAGUUACUGGACGAGCAGAGAAAGAUGUGGAAGAAAAGAUUGAAGAGGAGAACACUUUGGAAAAAUCCAAACAGAAGCUGGAGGAGAAAGCCCAGCUGUAUGAGAAAAUGACCAAGGGAGAUUUUCCAGACGAGGAGACGGAGGAGCUGUACCUGGUGGAUUUUGCUCAGAAGAUUAUAGAGAAGAGGAAGGAGGUCCGAGCUUUGUGUGUAGAGGCUAAGAAGAAUAAAAAAGACGAGGAUGAGGUUUCUGAUCUGCCGAUCCCAGCUCCCCAGGAUCCCAGCGAAGAAUGGGUGGAUUACGUUGAUUCGUUGGGCCGAUCAAGACGCUGCAUGAAGAAAGAUCUACCUGCUCUUUUGAAAAUGGACAAGGAACUGCAGGGGAAGAGACCACAGGAAGAGGAGAAGACUCUCUUGUCGGAAGACAUGAGGCGAGAGAUGCAGAGAAAGCAAUGGGAGAAGGAAGAAGAGGAAGCCAUGAAAAGGCCAAUGGGCCCCAUGCAUUAUCAAGACAUUCAGGAAAAUGAGGCCAGGCAGCUCGGCGUUGGUUAUUUUGCUUUUGCUCGUGACGAAGAGGCUCGUCGGAAGCAGAUGGACACUCUAAAUAUGCUGCGUGAUCAGACUGAAGAUCAGAGGCUAAAGCGCGAGCAUCUGAAGGCAAAGAGGAAAGCCAUGCUACAGGCGCGGCUCUCCAAAUUACGGCAGAGAAAGAAGCGAGCGAAGGGAGAGGGGGCAGAAGAUGAGGCAGCAGUAGAGGGUGAAGAGGAUAAUGACCUGAUUGGACCCGAACCUUUGGAGCCGGAGAAGGUGACUGUGCCGGAGCCUAAAGUAGAGGUUGUUGUUGAGGAGAGGAAGGACAGUAAGCCGGGCGCACCCCAUGUCCGAGAGUGGGACCGAGGCAAAGAGUUCACGUUUGGGCAUUGGUCUAAACCCCGGUCUGACCCUCGAGACGAGCGGGAUCCCGAGUUUGCGCCACCAACAUUCUAUGCUUCCGAGCAGAAGAAAUCAGAAAGUUUCCAGAACAAGAAAAGGAAUCCUCCGGCUUCUUCCAAAGAAAGAUUUGUCGGCCCGGAUUCCACAGAAACUCUGUAUCCUCCGCAGCAGCAGCCCGACGCAGCCAGAGGUGCAGCUUCCGAUGAAAAGAGUCUGGAUGACUUAUUGUCUUACUAUAGGCGGGUGACCUGACCGAUCCAGCGUGGUCGCAACCAAUGAACAAGGAGCUUUCACAACGCAAAUUGCGUUUCGAUUUGAUUUAGUAUGGUUUGUCUCUGUCAUUUAAUAUUAUUAAAGGAAAAA